GCCUGAAACAAGAAAAAUAUAAUGCAGUCACCACAUCUAAGGUGAAGGCAGAAAUGCAUGUGACGCUUCCUCACAGUUACCCUACAAAGGAGCCACAGUUGUUUGUCCGAUCGGAUUUUUUAGAAAAGCAGCAACAUAAUGAUCUUAACAAAUGCUUGUCAUCCUUCAUCAGUUCAUUGGACCGCGGGGAUCUGUGCAUCAUGAACGCCGUACAGUGGCUGAAAGACAACCUCCCCUCUUACAUACAGAACACCAAGCACAGUUCUGAGCAUGAAUCAAACUUGGAACGAGUUAGAACUUUCCAUCGAAUGUGGAUUUACAGCCACCAUAUAUAUCGCCAGGAAUUAAAGAAGAAGAUCUUGGACUGUGCAAAGUGCCUGAAUCUGACUGGUUUCUGUUUGACAGGAAAGCCAGGCAUUAUAUGUGUAGAAGGGGAGAAGGAUCAAUGUGAAGAGUUCUGGCGUGACAUCCGCUAUCCUAAUUGGAAGCAUAUCUCCUGUAAACAUGCUGAGACCAUGGAAGUGACCGGCAUCAUAGAUAACCUGCGUCUGUUCUCUUCCUUUGAAGAACUGAUAUUUGCUGCUCAUGGAGACUAUGGACUAAGGAAUGAUUAUCAUAUGGACCUUGGGCAGUUCUUUGAUUAUCUUAAACAGCAUCAAAGUGAGCACAUUUUUCAGAUACUGUUUGGCAUUGAGGGG